AUGAGGUCAACUCCUUUGAUCAUCAAUUGGCACGAUAAAAAUGCCCCCAUCUAUUCCGCCCAUUUCGAGUCUCAGCAUGGCAAGGGAAGGCUGGCUACGGGAGGAGGAGAUAACAAUGUGCGUAUCUGGAAAGUUGAAGGUGAUGGCGAAGAUCGCAAGGUUGAAUACCUCUCAACUCUCGCCAAACACACUCAAGCCGUCAAUGUCGUUCGGUGGGCUCCCAAAGGAGAAACCCUCGCUUCUGCUGGAGAUGAUGGUAAUGUAAUCCUAUGGGUUCCUAGCGAAAAUCACAACCCGACUACAUUCGGGAAUGAAGGCCUCGAAGACAAAGAAACGUGGCGUACCAAGCAUAUGUUCCGCCCUACCGGUUCGGAAAUAUACGAUCUAGCCUGGUCUCCGGAUGCUACCUACUUCAUCAUUGGAAGCAUGGACAAUAUCGCUCGAAUUUAUAAUGCCGGUACAGGUGUUCUCAUACGGCAAAUUGCCGAACAUAGUCACUACGUGCAGGGCGUCGCAUGGGAUCCCCUAAAUGAAUAUAUCGCAACUCAGUCGUCAGACCGAUCCGUUCACAUCUAUUCCCUCAAGACCAAGGAUGGACAGUAUGCGCUUACUAGCCACGAUGAGAAACCUCCCAAGGUUGCUAGUCACGCCAAAGCAGAUCUGCCCCCGAGCAGACGUAUCUCAUCUAACAGCCCCGCCCCGUCAGAUAUCGGCUACCGAACUCAGCUUGCAGCCGCGGUUGACACGCCGAGCGCCUCUAUGGGAUCACCAGUAUUGUCUGCGCCCGGAACACCGCAAUCUGUUCCCUUACCAAUGAAUCCCCCGAGUGUAGUCAGUCAUAGCAGACGCUCUUCGUUUUCAUCUCGACGAUCCGUAUCCCCAGCACCGUCGCUACCUCUACCUGCGGUGAUGCCCAUCGAGCCAUCUCCAAAACUUAAUCAUGGUCUUAGUGUAGGGAUGAAAAACGCAAGUCUCUACGCCAGCGAAACCCUUACAUCUUUUUUUCGACGCCUGACUUUUACUCCGGAUGGCAGCCUGCUUCUGACCCCUGCCGGCCAAUUCCAAAUGCAGCACCAAGCAGAUGGCCUUAGACCUACAUAUGAGGUCAUUAACACUGUCUAUAUAUAUACCCGAGGUGGUAUCAACAAGCCACCUAUUGCUCAUCUCCCCGGCCUAAAGAAGCCUUCGGUUGCCGUGAAGUGUUCACCCAUAACCUAUACACUCAGGCAAUCUCCGCCAAUUACGAAACACAUCACUAUCGAUACAUCUUCGCCAGAAGAUCCUAUUCCUGCUCUUCCCGAGCCUAUUUCUAAACCGCUACCUGCGGUGAUGGACCCCCCUCCUCCACCUCCAACAUCCUCAGCGCCAGACCCGGAGAAGUUGUCUACCCCGUCUAAGCAUCUGAACUUGGAGACCGGUCCGACUACUCCUGGACCUAAGCCCACAUUUGCGCUGCCGUACCGUAUGGUGUAUGCUGUAGCAACUCAAGACUCUGUGCUUCUCUAUGAUACCCAGCAGACCACUCCCAUCUGCGUUGUCAGUAAUCUACAUCUUGCCACAUUUACGGAUCUUACCUGGUCAAACGACGGUUUAACACUACUCAUUUCCUCGUCUGACGGAUUUUGUUCGACACUAUCGUUUACACCUGGUGAACUAGGCCAGGAGUACAAGGGUGAUCUUAUGGGCCCUAAGAUUUCUGUUGCUGCUACUACUACUGCUGCUGCUGUCACUAGCGCAGGCACUCCUUCAAGCCAGCCUACUCCAUUGCCUACACCAACAUCCGCCUUUGCGCCCCCAUCACCCUUCCCUAAUCACCAACAUCGUAACUCAGCCACCUCCUUUGCAGCUCCAUCCCCUCCAGCCACAGCAUCAUUUGUAAGCGCGCGCCCUUCAUCACCCACUCGAUCGAAUUCCACGUCGUCAAUCGCGACCCAAAUUUCAGUUAUGAAUAACCCACCUCUUAUCAGUGGAAGCAUACCCAGCAUCGCCGCCACAAACUCCGGCAAGGUAACAGGGAUACCCAUCGCAACCCCUCCAGAAACACCUGGAAACGGUAGUAAUAUUGUUGCUGGUGUCAAGCGAGAAGCUAGCGAGAGCGAGAAGGACGAGGCAUCGGGCGGUCAACCUAAGAAGCGAAGAAUUGCCCCAACCCCGGUAACGGAGUCCAAACCGUAG